CAACUCCCUGCAGCUGCCGUAGGGAGGGGCUGGUGUGCCAUGCCAAGCCUCGCUCAAGUGUGUGCUGAUGCUGCCAUGGUUGUAUGUAGUAGCUCUGUUCAUGGUUGAAAAUUGAAUCUGAGGUUUUGUCCAUUUAUAUCCAGGCAUAAAUGUCCAUUUAAAACUAUAUGUACCAUUAACCUAUUUGGGGAAUGAAAUAAAAUUUUCAUAGUUGAGCAAGCAUUUUUCCUGAGGAACAUCUAUCACCUUCACUAUUUCCUUUUUGAAGGUUUGAAUGCUAGGGCUGCCUCAUCAACAUCUGAAGUUCCAAUUGAGAACAUCAAGGAGGAACUGUUUGAUGCAAUGGAGAUUGCAUGUGAGCCGCCCAGCCCUGGUUGUGGGAACCCGUCAGUCCCUCCUCCCCCGCUGUGUGUGCCCUGCAAGAGAGAAGCGCCAAGUGAGGCUCAUGAGGCUCCCUACGCCCCCCAACAACCCUCAGCCAUGGCAGGGGUGAAAAGACAAAAGCGCAGCAGCGGCGCGUCGUCCACGGCUGGGGGAGCUACAGCAGCGGCUGGUGGCAGUGGCCACGUCUCUGCAGCAGCGGCUGAUGGCGGUGGCCAAGUCUCUGCAUCAUCCAGCUCCAAGCAUUUCACCCAGCAGCUGCAGCACCAUAUUACUGUAAAUAUGGGUGCGUCACACAACAGCAACUAA